AUGACCGAAAUGUACUAUCACGGGCGCAAGAAGAAAGAGCCCGAGGAGUUCGAGCAGCACAUGGUCGCCCGAGAAGCAGAGCGCGAAAGUCAGCUUGACUUUCACGUAGUUGAGCGCGUGAUUGACUCUCAGCACGGUGAAGACGAGACUGAGUAUCUGGUCAAAUGUAAGUCUUCACUACCUCAGGACCCCUUUCUGGAUUACCUAACCAUGUAUAGGGAAGGGCUUGACACCGAAAUCGACCGUUUCCUCGACCGCUCGUCCAACCGCCCCUCAUCGGAUCUUCGCGAGACGAACCUUAACACUCGCCGCAAGUUUGUUAAGCUCGACGAACAGCCUGACUACAUCAAGUACGGGAAGCUGAGAGCUUUCCAACUUCAAGGUGUCAACUUCCUUGCCCAUAACUGGUGUCGAGGCACCAACGUCAUCCUGGCUGACGAGAUGGGUCUUGGUAAGACGGUCCAGACUGUGUCGUUCAUGAAUUGGCUUCGACAUGAUCGCCGGCAGGAUGGACCUUUCAUAUGUGUUGUCCCGCUCUCAACGAUGCCAGCUUGGGCAGAUACCUUCAACAACUGGACGCCUGACGUCAACUAUGUCAUCUACACCGGCAGGGAAGACGCUCGAAGCACGAUCCGUGACAAGGAGCUGUUGGUUGACGGUAACCCGAGGAAGAUCAAGUUCAAUGUCUUGUUGACCACCUACGAAUACGUCCUGGCGGAUUGGCAAUUCCUUUCAAGCAUCAAGUGGCAGUUCCUCGCUGUUGAUGAAGCCCAUCGAUUGAAGAACCGAGAGUCGCAGCUGUACGAGCGGCUGCUACAGUUCAAUGCUCCAAGCCGUCUCCUCAUCACAGGUACUCCGAUCCAGAAUACUCUAGGCGAGCUCUCUGCUUUGAUGGACUUCCUCAUGCCCGGCAAAAUCACUGUCGACGAAAACGUUGAUAUGGCCUCGGAAGACGCUAGCUAUAAGCUCGCUGAGCUCAGUGAGGCAAUUCAGCCAUACAUGAUCCGGCGCACCAAGGAGAAGGUUGAGAACGACCUACCACCCAAGUCCGAGAAGAUUCUCCGCGUUGAGUUGUCAGAUAUCCAGCUGGAGUACUACAAGAAUAUCCUCACGAGGAAUUAUGAAGCACUCAACGAGGGCGGCACUGGCCAUAAGCAAUCCCUGCUCAACAUUGUUAUGGAGUUGAAGAAGGCCAGCAACCACGCCCUUCUGUUUCCCAAUGCUGAGGCGAAGUUCCUCAAGGAGAACGCUACGAAGGAUGAGACGCUCAAGGCGCUUAUCACGACGAGUGGAAAGAUGAUGCUGCUCGACCGACUUCUCACGAAGCUCAAAGCAGAUGGGCAUCGUGUCUUGAUCUUCAGUCAGAUGGUCCACAUGCUGGACAUCCUCACCGACUACCUUAAGCUCCGCAACUACACGUACCAGCGCCUCGAUGGAACAGUGCCGGCGAGCGACCGUAAGAUCGCGAUCGAUCACUUCAACGCCCCUGGCAGCGAUGACUACUGCUUCCUUCUGUCCACUCGAGCUGGAGGUCUCGGUAUCAACUUGAUGACUGCUGAUACGGUCGUUAUCUUCGACUCAGAUUGGAACCCUCAGGCCGAUCUUCAAGCCAUGGCACGAGCCCAUCGUAUUGGCCAACAGAAACCCGUCAGUGUCUACCGUCUGGUGUCGAAGGACACAAUCGAAGAGGAGAUUCUCGAGCGCGCCCGCAACAAGCGCAUGCUCGAGUUCAUCACGAUCCAGCGUGGUGUGACCGAUCGUCAACAGCAGGAGCUCAACGACAAGAUGAGCCGUGCUGCAGCCGAGCCCAAUUCUGCAGACGACAUCAACAACAUCCUCAAGCGUCGAGGCCAGAAGAUGUUUGAACAGUCUGGCAAUCAGAAGAAGCUUGAGGAGCUUGACAUUGAUGCCGUGCUUGAGAACGCCGAAGAGCACAAGACAGAGCAAGCGGCAGGCCUCACCUCCGAUGGUGGCGCAGAGUUCCUCAAGAACUUCGAGUAUACCGACGUUAAGCUAGACCUUGAAUGGGACGACAUCAUUCCGAAGGAAGAGCUGGAAGUUGUCAAGGCCGAAAUCCAGCAACGUAGGGAUGAGGAAGAGACCCAGAAGCUGCUCGAAGAAAGCGCUCCUCGUAAACGCAAAGCUGCGUCAUCAAGUGCCCGCGAACAACGGGCUGCCAAGAAGCGUGCGAUGGAGGCGUCGAGGGAUAUUGAUGUUGACGAUGACGAGCCGUCUGAGGACGAUAACAUCAAGCGUGAUCCGAAGCGUCCGCUGAACACCAAGGAGAUCCGGAACCUUGUCCGCGCCUUUGAACGCUUUGGUUCUAUUGAAGAGCGGGGCGAUGACAUGUUACGUGCCGCAAAACUGGUUGGUCGCGACAUGGAAGUGGUGAAGGCUACACUAAACCAAGUAAUCUCCAAGAGCCAGGAGCUUGUGAAGCAAGAGCAGAUGCGGCUCAAGAGUUUGGAAGCCGACCGAGUGAUCACGAAGAAGGACAAGAAAGCUGUUCUUUUCGACUUUGGUCAAGUGAAGAAGCUGAACGCCGAGACCAUUAUCGACCGACCCAUCGAGAUGCGAAUCCUCAAAGAGGCUGUCAGUGCGGUUUCUGACUGGAAGAACUUCCGCAUCGCUGAUGCGAUCAAACCUGCGAACUAUUCCUGUCCAUGGGGCGCUCGGGAAGAUGGCAUGCUCUGCAUAGGCAUCUUUCGGCACGGAUACGGCGCAUGGGUGCCGAUUCGCGACGAUCCCGAACUCGGGUUGACCGAGAAGUUCUACCUUGAGGAGCACCGCGUUGACAAGAAGGAAGAGCGCAACAAAGGUGAAGAGAAGAAUGCGAAGUCUCCAGGAGCGGUCCAUCUAGUCCGAAGGGCGAACUACUUAUUGACUGUCCUCAAAGACAAAGCGGGCGUCGAUCCCAAUGCGAAACGUCUGAUGGAGAAUCAUCACCGCAACAACAAGAAGCACAAUCUUGCCAUGGCACGCCGGCAAGACAAGGCCUCAAGUGUCUCAGCUAGCCCCGCACCUACAGGCGUGGCACGCAAGUCCAUGGCCCGCGACAAUGGAGGACCCAUCCAGCGAACGCAUAGCAACAACGAGAGCAGACACAACGAUCGAGCCGACAGCCGGCAACAUGAGAAGAGCAGUCACGAUCGGUCUAGGCACAGCGAUCAGUAUAGGCCUUCUGACGCACACCGCAAGGAGCAUCGCCACGACCGUGGUAGCAUUGAUCGCCGUCCGCAACACUCUGAGCGCAAUGGCACCCCCGAGAUCAGGCGCAAGGCCAGUGGAGAUGUCGACCGCCCUCGGCCUUAUGAAGACCGUUCGCGUCUGGCUGAUGAGCGUCCACGAUCUAACAGUCACAGUCUCAAUCAGAACCGCAGCGUCGACAACACGCCCAAGCCAAAGGAGAAGAAGCCUGAGGACUUUAUUGAGCGGAGACUGAGACCUGUACGCGACAAUCUCACCCGUCUCAAGAAGGCGACGCCCAAGAACUAUCCUCAGAAGGAAGCCAUGGUCAAGAUUCUCAAGGUCGAGCUGAUUGCCAUUGGUAACUUCAUCCGCGCAGAGACUCGCGACAACGAAGAGCUGGAGGAGCGCCUUUGGUCAUUUACUGUGAACAACUACUGGCCUCGUGCAAGUGUUACUGUCCCCGCGAUCAAGGGCAUGUAUCAAAAGAUGUUGCAGUCCGAGAUGAGCGGAAAGCAGUCAUCAGGUGCGCAGCCCACGAACGGGCAGAAAAAUGGUGUGUAG